UUCAGACCUGCUGUACCAGUUCCGACUCUGUGAUCGGGGAGUUUUUAACAAAGGAUGCCACCGUGGAAAACCACCGCAAGGACAAAAUGCGUAAAAAUGCAUUUGAUGUUUUUGUUCUUGUUGCCUCAAUUGUUUUUUGAGUAAGAUUAUUUUUUUCAAACAACAGCUUCAUAAUGAUGCAUGCAUUUGCCUGCAGUCAUAUGGACUUUUGUUUGGUCUUUUUGUUUUUUUAGAUAUCAGUCGCUUGAAUCGAAAGACGACCGCUUUACUGGAAAUAGAGUCUGACGACACAUUGCUUUCUUGAGGAAACUUACUCUAAAGUUCUCUUUAUGGCGUUUCAAAAUGACUGACUUCAACUUGAGGAACGAAAGCAAUGGGAUCUAUUUGGCUGAAGCUUUCAAUGGAUCUGUUCUGGACCAAGUAUUUCCAAACGACAGCAUCACGACAUGCCCAAACUUCAAUGUGGACUCGCAGGUUGUCGGGGUUGGGAUCUUUCUCUUCGUUUUUAUUUCGGUGGCAAUUGUUGGGAACAUUUUGGUUAUCCUGUCCGUUGUAUGCAAUAAACAUUUGCAGACGGUCACAAACUUCUUCAUUGUCAACUUAGCCAUGGCAGACCUGCUGUUGAGCAUUAUCGUGCUGCCUUUCUCUGCAUCUCUAGAGGUUCUGGGAUGCUGGGUGUUUGGCCGGGUUUUCUGUAACAUCUGGGCAGCGGUGGAUGUGCUCUGCUGCACCGCAUCCAUCCUCAGCCUCUGCGUCAUCUCCAUCGACCGGUACAUAGGUGUUAAACACUGCCUGAAAUACCCGACUAUUAUGACAGAGAAGAAGGCAAUAGCUAUUUUAGGGCUCGUUUGGGUGUCAUCUACGGUCAUCUCUGUUGGACCACUCCUGGGAUGGAAGGAACCGCCGCCUGUGGACGACAGAAUCUGCAGCAUCACAGAGGAGCCCGGCUACGCGCUCUUCUCCUCUCUCUUCUCCUUCUACCUCCCGCUCAUGGUCAUUCUCAUCAUGUACUUUCGGGUUUAUGUCGUGGCCCGCAGGACUACUAAGAGCCUAGAAGCGGGCGUCAAACGAGAGAGAAAUAAGUCGAUGGAAGUGGUCCUCCGGAUACACUGUCGCAGCGUGCUGGAGGACGCGACCAGCUCAAAGAGCAACAAAAACCAUCCGUUUCGAAGUUCGCUGUCGGUGCGGCUGAUGAAGUUCUCCAGGGAGAAAAAGGCUGCUAAAACCCUCGCCAUCGUUGUGGGGAUGUUCAUCUUGUGUUGGCUGCCCUUUUUCUUCUUUCUGCCUAUGGGGGCCUUAUUUCCAGCACUGAAGCCAUCAGAAACGUUGUUUAAGGUGGUCUUCUGGCUGGGCUACUUUAACAGCUGCAUCAACCCCAUGAUCUACCCCUGCUCCAGCAAAGAGUUCCAGCGGGCAUUCACUCGGCUCCUCAGGUGCCAGUGUCAUCAAAGACAGAGGGUCCUGCGUCGCUUCUAUGACCACAGGUGGCGGACGGCUGUCAAGGGAAUGACAAGGGAUCAGAGGGGAGACUGUAAGCCCGGCUAUGCUGUGCACGAAUCCUGUGGCAACUCUUUGUUUCACAAGGGAAAAGGGCCCUCGCUAGGUUUCAAGAGAUGGAGUCUGUUUCCACCUCUGCAAACAUCUUCUUUUCAGCUCAAAGAGAAAGUGAACAAUCUGUCAAAUAAAAUCAAGGGAGGGCCAGGAAAAGGAACCAAACCUGCAUUGGGUCGGAUGGAUACAGUAGACACAGUCUCUAUGGGGAUUUACAACUCUUGUGAGCAGAGCAGUUAUCAAUUCGUUGAUCUGGAAGACUGCUAUGGUCUUAAAGAGACUGACAUUUAAGAGGCAACCAGAGAAUCUUUUAUUCAUUUUCAGAGCGCCAUAUUGGACCGACAUGGGACGUACUUUUUUGUUCACAAAACAUCUGUGAGUCCGAGCUUGAUUAAAGCUGCAGACUGAGAACAAUGGCUUGAUCCCAGCCCAAACAGGACUAAACGUUUUUCUCAAUCCCUCGCUCACAUCAUAUUUAUAUAGAUGACAAAUCUUGCCAUUUAAGUGGACACAGUAGUAGCCACAUUCUUUGACUUACUUUAAUUGCUGUCACUUGGAAGCACUGUGCAUCGACAUUACACAGCCUAGUUGACACGCAUACGCCCUUUCGGCAAGACAUUUAACAUUAGCCUCUAUAUUACCGCUUAUUUCUUUAAAUUUAUAUAUUAAAUUUAUAUUUCAGCUGAUUUCAGAGAAAAAAAGAACAUACAAAUGUAAAGGAUUGAAACAAAUAUCUUGAAAACUCUAACAGAGCAAAAUAAGAGUUAUAAGGAACAUUUUUGUUGUUACGAGAAUGUUUGGGUUUAAUUAAAAGUAAUAUGUCAAAAUGAAUCAUGAUAUUUCAUCAAUUCUGGGGGUUUUGACAAGGCAUUGUAAAGGUAAGAGUCCGCCUAUGAAUAAAGAUGCUGCACAGUAUUUAUUCUAACUGUUGGAUGUAGAAGUUAACUUGGCAUUGAUAUGUACACUUAUUUGAAUAUAAAUCCAUGUGUCCUCUUGGCCCACUUAACUGUAAUUUCUUUGCCAAGUGAGUGCUAAUGUGAGAUAAACAUGCUUUUUUAGGGAUACUUUCUAAUGUUAUGUUUGUUAACGUAAGAUAUAAAUGAGAAAUAAAAUAA